AUGGAUUCCCUAGCCGACAUCGUCCAAGUCUGCCAUCUCACACGAGAGGUAGCCGUAGUGACUCUCAACUCCCCAUCCAAUCUCAACGCUCUCUCUCAGGCCCUUGUCGAUCAACUAUGCGCCAUCCUCCGUCGCCUCGAUGAUGCCAAAGAAGGUGUAGCAGCAAUUGUGCUGGCCGGGUGCUCAGCGGCCCGAUCCUUCUCGUCUGGGUUCGACAUCGCCGAGUUCGAAGAGCUGCUUCCAACCGACGCCAUCGCAAAGCUGAACAUGCUGCUUUCCACUGUCGAGGGGCUUUCCGUGCCGGUGAUCGCCGCGGUGUCCGGGAUCGCCUUUGGCGGCGGCUGCGAGUUGGCCUUGGCGUGCGACGUGAUCUAUACCACUGCCGAUGCGCGCUUCGCCCUCCCCGAGGUCAAGCUGGGUUUGAUACCAGCUGCUGGGGGUUUGCGGCUGUUGUCCAAGCUAGUCGGGCCGGGGAGAUCGGCAGAGCUGAUAUUGACGGGGCGGGAAUGGACUGGGAUAGAGGCGGAGACAUGGGGGAUCGCGACGAAAUGUUUUGAUGAUCGGGAUUCGUGUUUGGCGGUAAGUUUCCCAUUUACUUCAUUAUGGUGGCUUGCGGAGAUUGUGAUGUGA